CAUAAACGUUAGGCUCUUCUGUCUGUCGGUCUGAUCUGGAGAAUCAUAUUAAGUGUUGCUGUUGUUGAUGUUAUAAGAGCAAAUGGCAUGGAUUGGGGGCACCGGCUCCCAGCACCACAAAAGUCACUCCGGGAGGUAAAUAUGACAAGUGAUGUUGCCCAUAGCAACCAAUCAGAGCUUUUCUAACUUGUAGGCGACUGUUUAAAACUAAUUGCUGAUUGGUUGCUAAUGGAAACCUUACAGAGUACACUUCCUUGGGGUGAGUGAGAGUGAAGCUGAUACAGGGGCCACAGAGUGACUGAUCUACGGUAACGUCACCAAAUUAGGACUAAAAAGAUCAACCAACUGAGAGAAAGAGUAUCUGUUGUUUUGGCGCUGAGGACAUAGAAGUUGAUUUGCAAUGUCCGAAAAUUCCGUUCCGGACCUGCAGAUGGUUCCUGCCACUGAAAGUGACUAUAAUGAGUUUGUGACCAUGUCUGCUGGUAUAUAUGGAGGCAUGGAUUCUCGAGUGUUCAGGUACCUCCAGUGGUUAAAAGACCCUCUGAGAAAGAUGUUCCUGGCCAAGUCUGAAGGAAAAGUGGUGGGUUUUCUGUGCUUCAUGCUGGUAGAUGGUGGUACAACAGCUGUGGCCGAUGGUCUCCGUGUUGCCCCCUGGAUGAGAGGCUGUGGGAUAGCCAAAGCACUGCAGAAGUUUUGUCUUGACAACCUGCGCUCCAACCAUCCUACAGUCACCAAAAUUCGUUUUUUAGGAACGAAAGACAUUGCACCCGCUGUUCUGAACAAAUAUCAUCUGCUUCAUUCAAAGGCUCUUAUCUCAGUGGUAAUUCCCAAUGACCAGAUAGAGGAAAAGAUCAAGUUGCUGGAGAACCGGCUGGAGAGUUUAGGCGGCAAAAGACCUCUUGUGGCCCUGAGUCCUUCGGAGGUUCUACGUCUGUUUGAGGAUCCCUGUAUUACAGAGUGGUUGCUUCCCAAGGGGCUUCUUAUCCAGAGUUGGCUUCCUCUCUCCAUCCAAAAAUCCAACCUAGAUUUAUUGUUUAGACAAGGAAUUGUCUGGUUCUAUUCCCAUCCCUUUGAUUCAAUGAGCGAUUGUGCAAUCUCCCCCAGAUCCAGUGAUACCAGUGAGAUCUGUAUUGACACCAUCCAGGAAGCUUCAGCACCCAAUCCAGUGCCACUCACCCAUUCAUCUAGCCUCUCUAACCCUUCCACUCUCUCCAAUAACUCCUGUGGGUUCCUUAGCCUGGGCACCCCUCCAUUCCCUGUGUCACUAGGAGAUGGCAUGCACCGCUUUGACAUUGAUCUGUUUGGAACUGAUCCAAUAUCUGCCCAAACCCAUGUCCUACACCAGCUGAUUGAGAUGCAACGAGUGCUGCCAUCAGGGGUCAAUGUUGUUUUUUGCAUGUACGCUGAAGAGAGUCUGUGUCCUGAGCUAACUCAGUUUUGCCAAGCCAUAACUCCUUCCCAUGCACUAGGGAAACAACAUUUGUUAGAUAUAGACAUAUCAACCCUAGAGUCAUACCUUUCAUCACAGACAUGUUUCUGAAGGAUAUAUCCUUCCAUCCACUUGUGACUUCUUCACAUUGUUUAUUUUUCUGAUGUAUGUCCUGUCCACAAGGGUCCAAGUCCCUUGUCAGAACAAGGUAAUACCCCAGUAACUAUGUGUUUGUGAAUAACUGAUGCCUUGUUUGCUUGGCCCCAUCCAAAGAAAGAAUUGUGUGUACACUGCCAAUACAUAAGAAAUAAUAAAAAGGAGGUAUUGGUACUACA